UUCAGCCUGGUACAAGUCGGGCCCCGAUCUCUAUGGAGUAGAACCGGGCGAGGGCUUCAAGGCCCGAACCCGGCCAUUUGCCCGCUCUCCUCUUUCUCUAUCGCUGUAGAACCACCUCUCAACCCUAUUUCCACGCAUCCAUACCAACUUUCCAUUUCCCUCUCUAAAACCCCUCUCUUACUCUCUUCCUCCCUCCCUCCCUCCCUUUUCUCGCUCAAAACCCAUCAACCAACAGUGAACGCCGAAUCGCACUCUGUUCUCUGCAAUGGCGGCCAUGAUGCAACCCCAGAUCAUACUUUUGAAGGAGGGAACAGACACUUCACAGGGGAAGCCACAACUGAUCAGUAAUAUCAAUGCUUGCACAGCUGUUGUUGAUUCAGUGAGAACAACCCUAGGUCCUCGAGGAAUGGACAAGCUUAUCCACGAUGAUAAGGGGAACACCACCAUUUCGAAUGAUGGAGCCACCAUUAUGAAGCUUCUUGAUAUUGUUCAUCCGGCUGCUAAGAUCCUCGUUGCCAUUGCUAAUUCUCAAGAUUCAGAGGUCGGUGAUGGGACUACUACUGUAGUCCUUCUUGCAGGAGAAUUUUUAAAAGAGGCUAAGCCUUUCAUUGAGGAUGGGGUGCAUCCUCGGAAUCUAAUACGCAGUUAUCGUAUUGCAUCCUAUUUGGCAAUAAACAAAAUUAAGGAACUAGCAGUAAGCAUAGAGGGGCGAAGUUUUGAAGAGAAGAAAGAUCUGUUGCAAAAGUGUGCUGCAACAACCCUCUCUUCAAAACUCAUAGGUGGUGAAAAGGAAUUUUUUGCUUCAAUGGUUGUGGAUGCUGUAAUGGCCAUAGGACAGGGUGAUAGGUUGAACUUAAUUGGUGUGAAAAAGGUUCCUGGUGGAAACAUGAGAGAUUCUUUUCUUGUAAAGGGAGUUGCAUUUAAAAAGACAUUCUCAUAUGCCGGCUUUGAACAACAACCGAAAGCGUUUUCGGAUCCUAAAAUUCUAUUAUUAAACAUUGAGUUAGAGCUGAAAUCAGAGAAAGAAAAUGCCGAAAUCAGGCUCACAGAUCCAUUGCAGUAUCAAUCUAUUGUUGAUGCUGAGUGGAAUAUCAUUUAUGACAAGUUGGAUAAAUGUGUCAAAUCUGGGGCAAAGAUAGUUCUCUCACGUCUGGCUAUUGGUGAUCUGGCAACACAGUACUUUGCCGAUCGCGAUAUCUUUUGUGCUGGUCGUGUAACAGAGGAGGAUUUGCAGCGGGUCGCUGCCGCAACUGGUGGGACUGUGCAAACUUCUGUCAAUAACAUCAUUGAUGAAGUACUUGGAUCCUGUGAGCUUUUUGAAGAAAAGCAAGUAGGAAAUGAGAGGUUCAACAUUUUUAGUGGAUGUCCCAGUGGCCAGACAGCAACCAUUGUUCUACGUGGUGGUGCAGAUCAGUUCAUCGAGGAAGCGGAACGAAGCCUUCAUGAUGCCAUUAUGAUUGUGAGAAGAGCACUGAGGAACUCGACUGUUGUUGCUGGUGGUGGUGCUAUUGAUAUGGAGAUAAGUAGAUACCUGAGACAGCAUGCGAGGACUAUAGCUGGGAAAUCUCAAUUGUUUAUUAACUCAUAUGCCAAAGCACUUGAGAUUAUCCCACGCCAACUAUGUGAUAAUGCUGGUUUUGAUGCAACUGAUGUUCUGAACAAGCUCAGACAGAAACAUGCACUACCAUCUGGGGAAGGUGCCCGUUAUGGUGUGGACAUAAACACCGGUGGCAUCACUGAUACGUUUGCUAACUUUGUAUGGGAACCUGCAGUUGUGAAAAUCAAUGCCAUAAAUGCUGCAACAGAAGCAGCUUGCCUUGUUCUUAGUGUGGAUGAGACUGUAAAAAACCCAAAGUCAGAGAGUGCUCAAGGUGAGGCUGCUGCAAGUGCUAUGGGCCGUGGACGUGGUGGUGGGCCUGCCUUCCGUGGCCGUGGGAGGGGCAUGCGCCGCCGGUAAAUUUCAACGUUUAAUUUUUUGUAUAGUAAUGUUAACCAAAUUUGCUGGUGCUUUAUUUCCUAUAUCAUCUGGUUUUUUUAUUAUGAAACAAUUUUGUAGUUUUCCUAAGAAACCAUGUUGAGGUAUUUUUGGCUCUGUCCUUUGUUUUUGCAUUUGGCACAUUGAGUUUACGACGCAGACCAAUGCCUUGCCAAGGGAUUGUCUUGUAUGGAAAAUUUUCUUUGUUUUUUUUUGUGUUCUAACUUCUGAGCUUUGUCACAAGAAUUUGAGCUGCCGCUGUAGAUUUUGAUACCUGGCUAUGACAAAUUUAUAUGGCCAUUUCACA